CCACUCUUUUAAGUCAGGCAAAGCAAAGCAGCUUGUAAACCCUCCUUCAUAUCAAACCUUCAACACUUCCUCCCUUCUCCUCUGCUACUCCUUGUAUCAAGAUGGUUGCUGGCUGUGUCACCCUUAAGCAGGAAGUCGCAGUCGGUAUUGAGAGGCUAUGGAAGGCGACUGCCUGUGACGACCACAACUUGCUACCCAAGGUCUUGCCUGACUUUUUUGUUAGUGCAGAGAUUGUCGAGGGGAAUGGCGGAGCCGGCACGAUAAGGAAAUUUAACUUCCGCCCAGCUGUCAAGGUAGCCAGCUUCAUCAAGGAUCAUCUGGAAGUGGUGGACCAUGAGAGCCACCUGGUGAAGUAUGCUGUCAUCGAAGGAGGCCUCAUCGGGCAGCGGCUCAAGUCGCAGAUGUUUGAGGUCAGAUACGAGGUGUCGGGCAAUGGUGGUUGCGUGGUGAAGACCAAGGUAGAGUAUGACACCCUCGACGACAAGCCUCUGAGUGAGCAGGAGCUGGAAGAGUUGAAGGGAUGGCUGGUGCAGGUGCUGAAGGCUAUGGAAGGCUACCUGCUUGCCAACCCCAGUGCAUAUGCCUGAAGUCUCUUGAGGCUCAAAUGGCGGCAAAUACUGUGAUUGCUGCUAUAUGAAGCUGUACGCUCCUUGUAUUUCUGAGUGCUUCCUUUAGGAGGUACCCUAGGUGGCUUGAAUAAUUUGAUGAUAAGGAGGUGAAGUAAUGGUGUGCGUCACCUUCUGUUGCUUUCCCUUUUUUUCCCCUUUAUUUUCAAGUAACAUAUCAUGUAACGUGUUACUUACGUAUAAAUGGAUGUUGUGAGCCUAGCGUUCUAUGCAUAAGUUUUCGUCGGUUCUUUUUUCUUU